AGAAGAGUGAGAAUGAGUAUGUUGGCAGAUGAGGAACAACUACUGAGAUCCAACAUUAUCACUAUUGCUAAUACCCCCAUCACUACUACCAUUUAUAAUGUAUCCUUACUAAUAAAACUACUACUACUACUACUACUACUACUAUGUCAACAUUUUCCAGGUAUAUACGUGGUACUUGAUUUUAUUCCUAACCAAACAAGUAAAAAACAUGCGUGGUUCGUGGAAAGCAACAAAGCUGAUCCUGGAGACAAAAAAAACUACUAUGUAUGGAAAGCAGGUUCAAGUUUGCCAAAUAACUGGUUGACCAUCAAUGGCAGUGAGGCGUGGACCAAUUCAAGUGACAGAUCUGCCUUCUAUUUGCACCAACUCAGUCCAGAUUUACCAGAUCUCAACCUAUACAGCAGAGUCGUUAUUGAUGAACUCAAUCAAAUCCUUCACUACUGGAUCUCACUUGGUGUUGAUGGUUUUAAUAUUCGUCACUCCGGGUUCAUGUUAGAAGACAGUGAGCUGAACAAUGACGUGCAAUUAAAUUCAAACAAACCAAAUCCCUAUGACAACAUGGAACACAAAAAUUCCUUUGGGUUAGGGUCUAAUAUGGUACUGUUAAAACUAUGGCAUCAUAUUAUCGAAGACAACCAGGGCCAGAAUGGAAGAUCACUGAUGACUGGAAUGGAUAGCUGGGACCGACCUAUCCCAUCAUACAGGGAUCAGUUUGGUGUUACCAACUUUCCUCAUUUGUCCUUCUGCACAGUUAUGAAUGUCGAUGUUAACUGUGAUGGCAGCUGUAUGAAGAAUUUUGUCGAAGAAAAUCUGAAGAAUGUUACCAUUGGAAAAUCUCCCACAUGGCUGCUCGGCAGUGACACAAUCAGCCGCUUCUCUACGAGAUUAGGAAACUACACGAAACGGAGUGAAGUAUUGACGAUGAUUGCAUUGUUAUUGCCUGGUUCUACAGUUCUCUACUACGGUGAUGAAUUAAUGAUGCCCGAUAUUGGUCAAGCAGAUGAAUCUUCAGUAUCAAUCUCACAACCUUGGCGCACACCAAUGAAGUGGGACAACUCUUCCUCCAGCUAUGGCUUCUCAAAUGCCACAUGCAGUUCUGUCUCGAGUAACGAUGCAAUGCAAGUGACGGAAGCCGUGGCAAAUGGUAAAUCCAUGCUGAAUUUUAUCAAAAAACUCAACAAACUACGCAAAGCAGAUGCCUUCCGUCUAAGCAGUGCUGCAGACAUACGUUAUGGCCCAGAUUGUAGUGGCACGUUUUCAUUUGUACGAGGAUUUGAUGGUGUAGAUUGUUAUUUAGUUAUUGCAAACCUGGGUUCAACAGAGAGUUGCAGCGAUUUCUCAUCGGUGUCCGGUGGAGACAAAGAGACAGCAACAGUGAAACUCGUCACACCUAGUGCCAAGAGCGGAUACGAAGAAGAUACCGAAGUAGAUACAACGAAUGUGAAAGUCAAACCUAACGAAGGUGUCGUCCUCUCUUGGAAGUGUGGAUUAUAUUUUGAAUAGAAGCCAUUAUGUUUUGAAGAGAUAAAAUAAAUAAAUAAAUAAGUAGAUAAAUACAGAUUUCUCAGCGAUAAAUAAAUAAAUACAUAAAUCGAUAAAUAUGAU